AUGGAAUUGUGGCCCUGGGUCCUCCUGGCAUAUGCCGCCUUCGUGUCUGCAAGCUGGCAGAAGGACACCAUGCUGGACAGCCACUGGGAGCUUUGGAAGAAAAAAUACAGCAAGGAAUACAGAAGCGAGAAAGAGGAAGAGAACCGUCGUAUGACUUGGGAAAAGAACGUGAAAUUAAUCACAUUGCAUAAUCUGGAGCAUUCUCUGGGGCUUCACUCCUAUGAGCUUGGCAUGAAUCAUCUUGGUGAUAUGACUAGUGAGGAAGUAACUGCUCUGCUGACGGGACUGACACUUCCUCGCUCAUGGAACCAGAACUCUACAUAUUUCAAGUCAAAGCCAGAGGUCAUAAUCCCCGAUUCCAUAGACUGGAGGGAUAAAGGAUGCGUCACAGAGGUGAAGAGCCAGGGUGCUUGCGGUUCCUGUUGGGCUUUUAGUUCUGUCGGGGCUCUGGAAGGCCAGUUAAAACUCAAAACCGGAAAACUGAUCUCUCUCAGUCCACAGAACCUUGUGGAUUGCUCCAGUAUGUAUGGAAACCAUGGAUGUAACGGAGGCUUCAUGACCAAAGCUUUCCAAUAUAUCAUUGAUAAUAAAGGUAUUGACUCCGAAGCAUCCUACCCGUACACAGGCCAGGCAGGACCGUGCCGUUAUAACCCAGCUGCUCGAGCGGCCACCUGUUCUAGAUACGUUGAACUCCCAAAUUCUGAUGAAGCAGCCUUGAAGGUUGCUGUUGCAACUGUCGGUCCUAUAUCUGUCGCUAUAGAUGCAACUCAUGAAACGUUCUUUCUGUAUAAGUCAGGAGUAUAUGAUGAUCCACAUUGCUCUCAGGAAGUGAAUCAUGCAGUUCUUGUAAUAGGAUAUGGAACGCUGGAUGGCAAAGACUAUUGGCUUGUGAAGAACAGCUGGGGCCAAUAUUUUGGUGACAAAGGAUACAUUCGGAUUGCAAGGAAUCGUGGGAAUCGGUGCGGCAUUGCCACAUGGGGCUGCUAUCCAGUUAUUUAGAGAGGCAUGUCCACUCUGCA